CUCAAAUAAAUGCAUACAUAGAUAUCCACAGUCAGUUAUUAAGCCCCUUUUUGCUUGAGGUUGAUUUUGACAAUCAUGAUGUUUUUGUGCCUUGUGGGAGUAAGAGUAAGCUGUGGCAUAAGAAUAUAUGGUUUCACAUGUACUCCUCCACUUAUGGUAAUUAAGAUAUUAACUAGCACUAGCAUGCCUGUGAUGGUAAUAAAGUAACAGGAAGAUCAUAUUUAUUUAAUUAUUUGUGGAAGUGGAUGGAACUUGGAAAGAUGAUAAACAUUUGUUGCGUUUUGGUGCCACUUUCUGAGCAGCAUGGCGGGGCCUGUUUAUGUGCUCCAUCUUAUUUGUCUUGUUCCUUUAUCAUCUCAGAUUCCCUUGUUUUAUUUGUCUUGUUCCUAAUGACGUGAUGGAUGAAACUCCAACUUAUCUGUAAAUGCUCCUCUUCCCAGGUUCAAGUAAUAGAUUUGUAAAUUGUGCUAGGUUCAUCGUGUAUAUUAUGAACCUCUGUUUUUGGGUUUGAGAUCUGCAAACAAUUUGAAUUAUUUAUGCAUAAAAUAGCAAUGCCAACUCCAGAAGUUAGUGGAAAACAUUGAAGAAAGAUUAACGAGUGUAUGCCUAUAUAUACUAUGGGAAUCCAAGAAUCUAAUAGAAUACACUUUUUUCAUUUUUAUUUAUUUUCAUUUCUUUUAUUUCACUUCUGUGAUGAUAACAGUUGAGCUUUCUAUGUUUCUGGGAUACAUCUUUCCUAGUGUUUUUAAUCUAAUAUACAGUUGAUCAAUACAUGUAUAUUGCCUAUUCAAUUCCAACUAUCACGCCAGAUUUUUGGAAUUGAUGUUUCAACUGAGGAAUCUCUAUUAUUACUGUUUAUUUACUGGACAUGGUGCCAUUUUGUCGUUUUGAAACUUGGAGGAGGAAAAAUAAAAUAAUAAAUAAAAAUUAUAGUGGCUUUAAUAAUUGCAAUAAAGAUGAACAAUUAAAAUGUGUCCUUAGUUUCUCGUUAUUGCCUGACAUUAAUUUUUUUUGUUCAUAAUGACUUUAAGCUUUUCUCUUUCCAUUUUAUUUUUAGUUUUACUAGUUACUAUAAUUUCUAUAAUCAUCUAACUUAAGUUGACAGUAUAUGGGGAUGUCCAUUAUUCUAAAUUAAAACUUAAAUUACUUGCUAUUUAUAUAAGUCAAGUUUUUGUUUUUUUUUUUUUCUGAGGGUGUAUGUGAGUCAAGUUGAUUGCUUUACCAGAUAAUUUUAUUGACAGACUGACAGGCAUAGUAAUAACUCAGAAAUGACUAUGCUUAGACAAGGAGUUCCUCCCAGAGAUAUGGCAAGAUCCACGAUUGGUGGAUCAUCUGGUGUGCCUUUCAAAGAACAACAGUUGAAACAGCUCCGAGCUCAGUGCCUUGUUUUUCUAGCAUUUAGAAAUGGUUUAGCACCAAAGCAACUACAUCUUGAAAUUGCUCUUGGAACCGCUUUUUCUAGAGAAGGAAAGGAUCAUACUGACCACAAAGGAAAGUCACAAUCUUCUGUUGAAUUGGGUACCUCGUCAGGGGCCAUGAUGCCUUUUGGAGGUCUGAACAAUAUGAGACAACCUGAUAAUAAUAACUCUUCAGGGUCCCCUUCUGCUGGAAAAUCUCUGGAAGCUACGUCAUUCUCCAAGGGAACUGAGAGUGCAAUAAUGACUGGGGACAAAGUAUGGAGACCAUCACUCUUGGGGACAAACAUCACUCUUGGGUUCAAAAGAAUUGGUAUCAAAACUAGUGUUCUGGAAGAAAAGGCCACAGCCUGUAACAUGCUUUGCUGUUAUGCUGAUGAGUUGAAGGAAGGAUUCUUUCCAUGGAUUGAUCAGGUUGCAGGAACUUUAGUUCCACUUCUUAAAUUUUACUUCCAUGAGGAGGUUAGAAAAGCAGCCGUUUCAGCAAUGCCGGAGCUAUUACGUUCUGCAAAGUUGGCUAUUGAGAAAGGGCAAUCUCAAGGUCGGGAUGCAUCCUAUUUGAAGUUUUUAAGUGACAGUAUCAUCCCAGUUUUGGUGGACGCUUUACAUAAGGAACUGAACUAGCUGAAAGAAUGUGUUAUGGGAAUAUCUAUGAACUUGGUCACAUUCUUGGUUAGAAUUUUGUUGAUGUAUUAACACAUUUUGUUGAUGUAUAGUUGUUAUUUAUUAUUAUAGUUGAUGUAUCAAUACA